AAGUCAUUAACACGGCAACUGUUAGCGGGAGACCCACGGGAUCACUAGUCGUAGAGAACCCCACCAACAAACAAGCCAUUCUUAGGAACAGUCACCAAAAAUGAGCGCUCUCUCUUUGAUUUUCUUCGUUGCCUGCAUUGCCGCAUCGUCGGCUUGGCAUCUUCGGGUAUCGUUGAACGACAUCUUUAAGGGACACUGUCGUACCGUCAGCCCUAGAGUGUGUCGGAAAAGUCUGGAGAAGUUUGACCCGGACUACCACUGUGGCUUUAUUUUGAGAAGCGUGUGCUCGGGAACGAACAAGAUUGAGAGGGUUCGAACACGAAGAUCGACCCUGCAGCCAAACCAUGAGCAUUCGCUGCACGUUACUCCACUUCCAAAGAAAAUGGCGUUCUAUGACGCAAACGCAGACGGACAGAUUUCAAUCAAGGAAUUUGCGCGAACUCUAGGUCAUGAUCCCCGUGCCUUCCAUGUCAAAGAUGCCUUCCGUGUGGCCGAUGCCAACGGUGAUGGGUUGGUUGAUGGAUAUGAGUUCGAAAACGAUGCCUGGAUUUUUGAUGACGAUUUUGAUGAUGAUGACUAUAAUCUAGAGGACACAGACGAAGAUUCCUAUAAAUCCGUCAAUUUUGAUCUUCUCGAUGGCAGCAGCGAGGAAAGUUCAUCAAGCAGCGACAGUUCCGACUCAUCCUCUCAAAGUUCUGGAGACUCUGCAUCCAACGAUCACUCUUACGAUGAUUCUAAUGACGUCGAUUAUGACGACCUUAUAAACGGCAAAGAUUCAAGCAGCUCGGAAGAGAAUGGCGCGUCUAGCAGUAGCUCUUCGGACGAUUCUAACGACGACAGCGGGUCACACAGCGGAGACGACGAUUCCAACAGCUUAGGUGACAGCGAAUCGUCAGGCAGCAAUAGCGGCUCAAACAGCAAUAGCGCUGAUAAUAGCGAUCACUCGAACGAUGCUAGCAAUGGUAUCGAUGACAGUAUCAAUAGUAAAUCAGGGGAUGAUGAUAAAAGCAGUCAAUCAAAUGAAAAUGAUUCAAAAGAUAAUGAUAGCAAAGACAGUGAUAGCAAAGAUGACGAUGAUAGCAAGGAAGGCAAAAAAGGCGACGGCCUAGCCGACGUUUUUCCAGAUGACCUUAACUUAGAUGAAAUUGUCCCCAAAGAAAUGGAACUUGGAGACGGUAUCAUCGGGGAAGCCAUUGACAACAUCAUUGGAGACGGGAUGGAAUUAGAACUCCCUGAGCUGGAGGAGCCCGACUCUGAUACCAUGAAAAAUGUAGGAAUCGCUAUGGCUUUGACUAAGUUUCAACCAAACCAGAACCAAAUUCAUCCAAAAGCUGACUCUCAUGGCCUCGAUGGACAUGAUCAUGCAGACCAUUCCCACAGCGAGUUUGACUUCUCCAAGGGUCAGACUAAUAAUAUCGCCGACGCAAUGAAUCCCAAGCCUACAAUGCUGUCUAACGCCCUUUUAGGGAUCGGAGGAACGGGUGGCGGAUCUAGGAUGAGAUCAGGUAUGGCCCAUGGAAGCGGUGGCGAGUUUGUGGUGCUGCAGCCACAUCGUAUCAGUAAUAAUAAUUUCAACAAAGUCGCAACGGACUUGAAUUCAGUUUCUCUCGCAUUUUAGUUGCUACGAGACUUUCAAUGUAUGUUCACUUUAUACGUUUGUUUACUGUCCUUUUCAUUAAUCAUUUUAAAAAUAUAAGCGUUGAAUUAGUUUUCAUAAAUAAUAAAUUUUAUGAUGUUUUGUACAGUGGACAGUACUCAGGCCAGAGAAAGAUUCAAUGCAAUAGCAAUGAAUAACAGACGAAGAGUUCCAGCCUCGCUUUGGCCUUCGUGGAUCGUCUCGUAGCAACCCAAAUAAUUUAUCCAAUCAAGUGAGAGAGUGCAGUGAACACUAUUUUGCAAAAAUAUAUGAUUUUUAUCAAAGGAUGACUUUAAAAGAACGAAUUUUAUAUUUCUAUUCAAAGAAUUAAAGACUAUCAGAAGAAUAUAAUCAGUUGUAAAGAUUCUCAUUUUAGAAGGUUCUCAAAAGGAUAUGUACAUGUACAUAAGGUUAAUUCAUACGACGAGCGCUUGACCAUGUUAAACUUUUGUUGAUACUAUGUAUUUUGCUAAUAAAGUAUAUUCAUAAUAACCUCA